AUGUCGAAUGAAAUAAUGCUAAACAAGACUUCAGUUGAUAAUGAUGAAGAAUUGGUGCAAAAAGCAACAGAUAAAAUCGAUUGUCCGAAUCCUUUAGAACCAGAAUCUCACCGGAAGAUUUUUAUUAACAAUCUUUCAUUUAAAGUCACUCAUGAAACAUGUCUAACUUAUUUGUCACAAUUUGGAGAUGUCUCGGAUUUCUUUAUAGUUCGUGAUCCACAAGGUCGAUCUCGAGGGUUUGGUUAUGUUACCUAUACUUCAUCGAAAACAGUCGAUCGAUUUAUGGCUGCUCGUCCACAUCGGAUUGACUCGCGUGAAAUUGUAGCAAAACGAGCGAUACCAAAGUUGAUAAUGAAAAAAUCAGAAACAACCAUAACUUCCAAACGAUUAUUCGUGAGCAAUAUUCGCGAGGCAACCAUUAGUGAGCAUGAUCUUAAUGAAUACUUUGCAAAAUAUGGCAAUAUUAUCGAUGCUCAAUUGAAGAAAACAGGUGAAGGGAAACUACGCGGUUUCGGGUUUGUGGAGUUCGACGAUUAUGACCCAGUAGACAAAAUUAUUUUGGAGAAAACACAUGUUAUCAAGGGGAACAUUGUCAGUGUUGAGAAAGCAGUACCUAGAAGACAAACUUCAUUUACAGCUGACCUAAGUGAAAGUCGCCAUGGUAACUCAUUUGCUUAUUCAUCAAACACGAAUCUAAAUAUGGUUUCCGGAAAUGGUGAAUCGAAUUUUGGUGGCAAUAGUUAUAGAUCGUAUAAUAAACGACCGGUACCUUAUAGUAACAUUAGAAGACCUUGUGAAAGUCAUAUGCCACUAUUUGACAACUCAGGAUUUAUGAACAGAUUUGAUGCACCGGUUGGGGAUUUCAAUAAUCCUUUCGGAGCCUUCGCUGGACCUUCUGCCGUAGACUUCGGUCAAAACUAUGUAUCAACAUAUGGUGGUGGUCCAAUGCGUUGCGGAAAUGCAACUUCCAGCUAUAAUCAUGGUUAUUGGGAUUAUCGUUAA